AUGAAGCAGUGGACACGGCGAGCAUACACAAAGCCAAAUUUCGACGAUAAUCAUUUCUUUCCUCAAAAUUGGCGCUGCGAAUUCAAUUCAUAUCUACAUUCCUACAAAAUCCUUCGAUUUGACACCUUCAAUCCUUCACCAUUUAUCGACGAUUUAUUGCGAAUAUUGCGCAAAAACAAUGUAUCUGAUAAAUCAAGAAAAUUCAUAAGAGCGUCACUCAGCUCGGGACGCACAUCUCAUAGUACCCACGAGUCAGCUGAGCAACUUCAGACAAGGACAGCCAUUCUUUCAAGCAAUUAUCUCACAAACCUUUUAGUCAAAAUGUAUUACUAUGACUUUACUAUCUUUGGAUUUCAAAUUCCAGAGACCAUCGCUGCUUGA